AUGAAUCUGCCGGCGAGAAAAUUUAAACCGUCCAGCCCAUCGCCACUUGCUACGACACAAGAAGCGCAAAGACACGGCGCUGUACACCAGCAACCAGUAUCUCCAUCCCCACUGCCUCUGCUUUCCGAAGAAUUUUACGACUACAGCGGGCCGCUUGAGGAAACCGACAAUGACCACGACUCUUUUGCCCAGAAAUCCAUCCCCCAGACCCUCCUUGACAAGCUCGUGACUUUCCCGCUUUUCAAAGAUGCACCUAAAUCGUUCCACACCAAAGUAGGCGCUAAGCUCAAACUCGUCCAGUAUCACCCACAAGAGUACAUCAUCAAGGAAGGCGAUCCGGCCAUGUCCAUGUACUGGAUCCUAAAAGGCACAGUGAGUGUGACCUCGACAGAUGGCGAGUCUGUCUAUGCUGAGUUGGCGCCGGGAGCCUUUUUUGGCGAAAUCGGCAUUUUGUUCAACAGGCCCAGAACUGCCACCGUAGUGGCACGCCAGCGUGUCUUGGUUGGGGUUCUCACCGCAGAUGCCCUUAAUGUGGUGCUCCGUCUGUACCCUUUGAUUGAGCGGCGCAUUCGGGACGAAGCACAAGAGAGAUUGGCUAUGCACGAGAAAAAGAACAAGGCGGAAAUGCCUAUACUCAAACCAAGCAAGUCUCCGGCGCCUAACUCUGGGGCACAUUUUCACUCGCUGCACGCUCCUGCUUCUCCCGGGUCGUUAGAACCGCUGCCCUUAUCUCAGAUCGUGAAUGCUUCUCAAAAAGCAUCCUCGCCGUUAGAUGCGGUCCUGGCUGAUAAUGUUGACCAAACUGUGUCCAUUCAAGAUUUCAUCAAGAGUGUUCCUAUAUUCAAGAACCUUCCCUCUCAUAUAAUCCAUAAAGUGGCCUUGGAUGUGGAACCACUCAACUUUACACCUUUUGAAUACAUUGUUCGCAAAGGGGAUUUAGGCUCGGACAUAUAUUUUGUCACAAAUGGUGAGGUUGAAGUGGUGGAUUACAGAGGUGAAAACAAAAAUAUGGAGCAAGUGUUAGCUCGCUUGAAAUGGGGCUCUUACUUUGGCGAAAUGUCUUUCUUGGAGUACCUUCAGGGCAAUGAGAAUGUGCCAAGAAGUGCAACGAUUCGUUCUGUCACAUCUGUGGAACUUAUUGUCAUUCGCUCAGAUCAGUUGAAAAGCAUAUGUGCACAGUAUCCCACUAUUGCUGAUCAAAUACGCCAUACCGCCAAUGAACGAAAAAACUCCAACCAAACAGCACAAUCCCCGAACCCACUGGUUCUAUCACUUGGAUUUAACACACAGAGUUUUUCCACUCGCCGAUUUUCGUCUCCUUCAAUAUCUUCGCUACUGGCAGAAUCUGCUGAUGCUCCAGUAGCUUCAAUCGUUUCAACUUCUGAUGGCGAGGAAGUAAAACGACCGCUUGUUGCUCCUAAGCCCACGUUGUUCAACCCCAACUGGGGAUUUUUCAACGCGGGUGAUAGCCGAGUGCCUGUUUCGAAAUCUGUUUCUCCUGUUUCUUUCAGCGAUCAAGAUUUACCAUUUACCAAACCUAUCUUAACAAAGCAUUCGAGCGACGAUGCAGUGCGUUUUCGUAAAAGAAAGCUGUUUAGCGGUGCUGUUUCUCCUUCGCAAAGGUUACCAGAAGGUCCCUUAGAUAUUUCCCUCCCACCUAUGAACCCAUCAGAUACUCUCAACACUUUUUUACCUCCUGGAAGAAAACAGCCAUUCCAGUAUAUGCCUCAUUGCAAAAGAGUUAAAUUAGCUAAUUUGGCAGGCCGAAGAAGAUCGUCAGUUUUGGUAAGCACUGGUUCUAUUCCUGACAAGAUUCUUCUAAAAGUUUUUGAGUAUUUACUGUUGCCCGAAUUGAUGAAAUUGAGGGCAAUAAGUAGACGUUGGAGACAGCUCUUAUAUGUUGCACCAAAUCUUUUUAAGCGCUUGGAUCUAACGCCGUGGAAUACUUCUGUUGACGACGAUGCGCUAAUAUCAAUAACAGACUUUGUUGGAUCUCGCCCGGAGUACAUUGACAUAUCAAACUGCUUUCACAUUACCGAUGAAGGUUUUAGUUAUAUGGUUAACGAAAUUGGAAUGUCAGGCAAAAUCAAAGUUUUGAAAAUGCGUUCCAUAUGGGAGGUGAGUGCAAUGGCAAUAAUGGAUUUGACAUCCCCGUCUGUUGGAAGAUAUUUAGAAGAAGUUGAUUUCUCAAACUGUCGUAAAGUUAAUGACAAUGUUAUUGAGAGGUUGAUUGGAUGGGUCAACGAUGAUCAGCUUCAAGCAACAAAUGUGGAGAGUGGAUAUCACCACGGCGAUACAGGUUCAAAGAAUCUUAAAGUUUUGAACCUUGGUUAUUGUAAGCAUUUGACUGACAAUAUCAUGUAUCACAUAUCCAUGCAUGCCAAUCUUCGUAUAGAGAGUUUGGAUCUAACACGAUGUACCACUAUUACUGAUGCGGGCUUUCAGUACUGGACGUAUAGAAACUUUCCAAAUUUGAAGAAGUUGUCUUUGAAGGAUUGCACAUUUUUAACCGAGAAGGCAGUUAUUUCUUUGGCCAACGCUGCUCCCAACUUGGAAAUAUUAGAUUUGAAUUUCUGCUGUGCAUUACUGGACAUUGCAAUCGAAGUUUUAUGUUUGGGUUGCCACAAGAUACGGGAGCUAGAUCUUUCCUUUUGUGGCUCUGCUGUCAGUGACUCUUCUUUGUAUGCGAUUUCGCUUCAUCUAAACAACUUGGAAAAGUUGGUCGUUAAGGGAUGUGUCAGGGUCACGAGGGCAGGAGUUGAUGCAUUAUUGAGUGGCUAUUCUCCUUUGACUUACAUCAACAUAAGCCAGUGCAGAAAUGCACAUAUAUACCCAGGGGGUAUACCAGCACAAACUUUUCAGGUGAACCCAGAAACGAAAUCCGCGUUUGUAAGCGCUGGACCAGUUCAAAAGGUUAUUGAAAUUGUUCUAUGA